AUGGUCCCCUGGCUGACAGAGCUGCUCUUAUUGCUAAUGGUGGCGGCCGGAGCCGUGCUGACCGGACCGCUGGAACGAAAGCCGCAGGUGCCGGAAGAUUUCCUGAUCCGGCUGCAGACAGUGCAGAAUUUCAGUCAGUUCCUAAGCAGCUGGAUUGACCAGAGUGCAGUGCAAAGAGCUUACCUCCUACAAGGAGAGGCGGACGAAGAGACCGCCGUGGAGGUCGCACACCCUGCUGGAUGCAUCCCAGAGAUGCAGGUAGUAGAGUUCGAAAGACCCUCCGAUCCAUCCCUGGUGUUGUGGCCCUCUUGCACCAGGGUCCGCAGGUGCGGGGGCUGCUGCAGCAGCAAGCUGUUGCACUGCGUUGCUAUCAAGACGAGCACCAUCGUGGUCAAGGUAAUCCGAGCCCGAUAUCCACAUCCUGGUGCUGAGCUGCUUGAGCUUGAAGGUUACGAAAGCGUCAGCUUGGAGCAACACGACCGCUGCUCUUGCAGGUGCAGGCAAGAGGAAAGAGACUGCACCAGCAACCAAAGAUACCAACCGGGACAGUGCCAGUGCGUGUGCAGGAACCAGCAAGAGGCGGCACAGUGCCGGAUGCCGGAUCACUACUGGGACGGCAAGGAUUGCGUCUGCAGGUGCAAACAAGAGCCGGAUUGCUCUACGGGCAUGGUUCUCAACGACAAGAGCUGCAAGUGCGAGGUGCGCCACCAGACACCUUACAUUCCAGAAAGAAUGCCGGGUCCAGCUCCUCACCUAAGCACGCUUUUUCGAGACGAUGGUGGUGAAAACGAUGCUUAUAGGUUGAGAUACGCGGCCGUCGACCCCCACGAAGGUCCAUUCGCACUAUUUCAGCAUAAACAAGAGAGGACAGUUUCGGUGGAAAAUGUUACUUUGCCGCAGUGGACGGUGACGUGAAUCCUCGUAGUGUCCUCGUGGAUGUGUUAUGUUCCUUUUGCAGAAACUAGUCUCGAAAACGAGAGAAAUAAUUCUCGUAGUCAAGAGCUAUUUCAUGGUGAUCAAAACAAUUUACAAAAAAUCUCUACAGCGAAAAACUCACAUGCUCAGUUAUUCACAGAACAUUUCCCUGCUACAAUUUAUGUGCAUUUUUUUUCUUUUGCACACUUCGCUAGUCAAAACAGUGCCACCAUAGUUGCAACUCGGUCAAUGAUCAUCAACAAUGCCGAGGCUGAUUCUUUUUUAUUAACCUAGAAACAACAGACAUGUGCUUCCCUUGCGUUUCAACCUUGACAUACCAAGCAUUAAUACAUGCAAUCAAACACAUAACUUAAAAAAACAAUGUGACAUUCACCUAAAACAUUAUUCCUAAUCAAAAUUUGCUGUUUCCUAGAACAAUAACAGACCAAAAGGUGAUUCAUCUUAGAAAACAUUUCAUACUUUUCUUCCCAGUCAUUACUAAUUUCUCCAUGGAAUGGACUCGCAAUGAUCUCUAACGAAAAGACUGAUGUUGCGCAAAACCUCUGUGAUAUCUUAGAUCUAUUUUUUAUGGAAUUUAUACAUGGAAAUACGAGAAAAUCGGUUCGAAAGACCACCCAAUGAAAGAAUUUUGAACGAUAGACUGAAAAAGUUCCGAUAUCUUUUCUGCUACUGUUUUAAAAAUUCCAGACAGUGGACAGACAUAGAGUGCCUUAACGUUGAUAUAGAAAACUUGUACAUUUUAGAAAGGAUAUUCAAAAAAUUAUUAAUAUAUACGUGUGUAACUGUAACUUACACUGUGCAUUCUGAAGUAAUUUCGCAAGGUGGGUUUUUUCAAGCCUUCUGAGAAAGUGCGCCCAUGAAAACAGGACAUUCUGGCGUCCAGAUAACAAAAAAAGUUCCUGGUACUUAUAAUUGUGGUUCUUUAUGAAUAAUUAUAUAUUUCACUGUUAAUAUAUUCACUUUAGCCAAAUUGAUGCGAUCAAAAAUCAUGUGUAGGACAUGAAGGAGAAAAGGUAAGUGCCUAUGAACAACCACUGGUUAUAUUGUAUUUAGUUCUGUAAUUUUUA